GAUCCGGUUACUUGAAUCACGUGACUUUUUCAUUUCCAACAUGACUUUCGGGCAAAACAAGGCAGCGGUCUCUGCAAAGAUGUCAACAUUUAUAAAGACUUUGAUGGUUCUGGGUCUCUUCUGGGCAUGUGGUCGAGCGGAAAUCCGAUCCGCGGUUAUCGACAAAAGCAGCGGACGGCUGACCGUCAUCGAGGGCUAUCAUGAAGACUUUGUCGCUUGGGCGAACUUCACCAACAACAUCGAAACCUCCGGUUGGUCCUUCCUGGACGUCACUACCAGCAGUCGGUACAACGACAGAAUCCAGGCUUAUGCUGCUGGUGCGGUUGAGGCUGCAGUUACCUCCGAGCUCAUCUAUAAGCACUGGAUGAACACUUUGAUGGGUUACUGUGGGCCGUUCGUGUCUGAUUCAAGUUUCUGUGAGCGCCUCAAGGCUUUCAUUAAAACCAACAUAGAGUGGAUGCAGGAGCAAAUAGAGAAACAACCAACAUCUCCCUACUGGUACCAGGCAAAUUUGGUUCUCCUACAGCUGAAAGGUCUGGAAGACAGCUACAAUGACCAACUUGCAUUUCCAACAGGCCACUUCUCCAUCGAUCCUAUGGGAUUCAUACUUUUUCAGAUGGGUGGAGACGUUGAAGACUUGGAAUCGGCUCUGAAUAAAUCCAGUCAAACUCGACCCCUUGGAUCUGGCUCCUGCUCUGCUCUUAUUAAACUGCUGCCAAACAAUAAGGAGCUGUUUGUGUCCCAAGACACCUGGAACAAUUACCAAGCCAUGCUGCGAAUCAUUAAGAAAUACAGAUUCGCCUUUAAAGCAUCUUCUUCAGGCAAUGACCCUCUUCCUGGAGGAACCCAGGCCUUCUCAUCUUACCCCGGAGCCAUCUUUUCUGGAGAUGACUUCUACAUACUAAGCAGUGGUUUGGUUACACUGGAAACCACUAUUGGCAACAGCAACUCUGCCCUCUGGAAGUUUGUUAAGCCGACUGGAACUGUUAUGGAGUGGCUACGGAACAUCAUUGCUAAUCGGUUGGCCACCACUGCCAAGGAGUGGGCUGAGAUAUUUCGCAAGUACAACAGUGGAACGUACAACAACCAGUGGAUGAUUGUCGACUAUAACCACUUCACACCUGGAAAAACAGACAUUAAAGAGGAGCUUUUUGUUGUUUUGGAGCAGAUUCCGGGACUUGUUGUUUACAGUGAUAAGACUCAAGAACUGCUGAAGAAUGGAUACUGGGCCAGUUUUAACAUACCGUAUUACCAAGAAAUUUUUAACGCAAGUGGCUGCAAUGAACUUGUUGAGAAGUACGGCCCAUGGUUCUCCCCGGACCAGAAUCCUAGAGCACAAAUAUUCAGGAGGAAUCAGACACAGGUCACAGAUUUGGAUUCCAUGAUUCGUCUAAUGAGGUAUAAUAACUUUAAAGAAGACCCAUUAUCAAAGUGUGAAGGCUGUAAUCCACCUCACAAUGGAGAGAACGCCAUCUCAGCCCGUUCCGACCUGAAUCCAGCAAAUGGAACAUAUCCGUUUGGUGCCCUUAAGCAAAGAUCACAUGGAGGAACAGAUAUGAAGGUGACCUCUUUUGAAAUGUUCAAAGAGUACGGCAUGAUUGCAGUAAGUGGCCCAACCUGGGACCAGCUGCCACCAUUCCAAUGGAGCACUUCACCAUACAAAGACCUGGUGCACAUGGGCCACCCUGAUGUUUGGAAUUUCAAGCCAAUAAAAGUCACCUGGACCCCUUGAUUGAUAAUAUACUGUUAUAUAUUUGGCUGUUUUACACAAAAUCAACUUUGAUUGGUUUGAACCAGUUUUAGCACGAAAAAGUGGAAUGAUUUAUUUGUAAUAAAAAAAAAUGGUGAUUAUAUUCUUUUAAUUGAUUGAUUACAUUGCUUAAAUUUGCACAAAAGGUUUAGAAAUGUACAAUCUUGCCAAAAAGUGUUGUUAUCCUUUUGGAUGUUCCACUUUUGUUUGACAAUAUUUUGAUUGUUUUUUUAUUUUUCAUUUUAACAAGAAAUGUGUGUUUAAAUGUAUUCUUAAUAAAUAAAAAAUAUUUAGCAUAAGUC